AUGCCUUCUACCAAGUCUGGGCGGUCCGGCCGUCCAAAGCCGUCCGAAGUUGCCUCGGAUACAAAACGCAACUUGAUCCCGUUGGUCAACACGAGCUACGCGGAAAUCUAUCCGCCUUAUUCAGUCCUCUACAGAGAACCAUGUCUGCAGUUGCCCGUCAAGCGACGAGCAAGUCUCCAGCCGCCAUUUUUUCGCGUUGAGCAAGGUGACCCCGUCAUGAGGGCCCUCCGUUAUGCUGCUGAUGACUCCCAAGCGAGCCAAAGUGCAGGUGGUCCCCGGAUCCGCAUUCCAUUUAUCUGUGCUGCCAAUGAGCGUCGACCUGGAGGCGACUGGGAGAUUGGCUCCCUCCUGUACGAAGAAAAGCUAUGCAGGCGCAGCAACCUCUUUGCAACCCUCUCAACACCUCUGCCGCAGACUAGGGAAGAAACCAACUAUCCAAUCCCCACGUUGGGUGGUGUAUUCUCUGAUGCGGUAGUCGUAAGUCGUGGGCCUCACGAUCGUUACGAGAAGCUAGAGAGCUGGCACGACUUGCCAGUGCUAUCUAUGCCACCGACUCGUUGGCCACGGCUCAAGGAUAAUGGAACUUCCUAUUCGUUCGAGGCGGAGCGCCAACUAAUGAAGGACAAAAUCCGGGGCGCUCUGAGGAUUUGUCAUUACCAUGGCUAUGAUCGCGUUGUUAUUGGUGAUUUUGGUCUAGGCAAUGGAUGUCGAAAUCCGCCUCAGCAGCUGGCCGAGAUAUGGCGUGAAGUUUUCCUUUUCGACCCCGACCUGCGCGGCCAGUUUACUUACGUUGUCUUUGUCUUUGAAGAUGUCUCGUCAAGUACGACACUGUGCAUUCUCGAAGAACUUAUCAAGAAGCAGCAAAAAACCAAGACCAAGUCUAAAGAUGACUUGCACGCGCUUCUUCGAGAUGCACCGACCGACAUACUCAUCUUUCAGAGAGUAUUCAGCGCAGCCGAGAUUCAGCGCGUCGUCAGUGAGCCAGACCCUCGGUAUGGGCUCCAGAUGAUCACCAGCUGA